UCGUUUCAGUUGGAAGUAGCAACUCGGCAAUGGAUUUACUCAACUGAGAGUGUCUCGAAUAAUAAUAUAAACACAAAAUUACUGCAUUUAAACUAGAAUAAAGUACAAAAAUAAAGUAUUUGACGGCAUAAAUUGUGAUAGUUGGCUCUGUAUUUGCUGACAACGACAGAGAACGAAAGCGAUAACGGAACAGAAGACAGAAUACAGAGAACGUGCUAUAUUUGUGACUUUGUUGUGUUUUUCCGUCCAAUUUUUCCACGGAAAAUCAAUAGUGAGUGUGAAGGCGCAUUUAUACGAUAUUGACGAGUAUCGGAACCAAGGGAAACUUGAGUUUUUCAACAAAAAGAGAAAAGCCGUCAAGUUUCGAGUGCCAAGGAGAGCAGCAUACGGAGGGGCAUUUAACAAGGAUAAAGAAUCGAGCAAAGAUAACAAGCAACGUCUGGCAACAUGGCAAAUCUGAUGACCAGUCCGCGUUACCACACGGAACCCUUAGCUCUGGACCCAAUAGUACUCGAUCAGGUGGACAACAAUACGAACACAACGCAGCUUUUUAAGAACAAUUUCAAUAACAUCAUGAACGAUCUAAAUCGCGAGGAGGCGCGCCUGAAAACCUUCGUCAACUGGCCGCUCGAGUGGCUGGAUAAGCACGAAUUGGCACAGACGGGAAUGUUCUACACAAAAGUCGGCGACAAGGUUAAGUGCUACUUUUGUGGCGUCGAAAUCGGAUGCUGGGAGCAGGAAGAUCAACCGGUACCGGAGCAUCAGAGAUGGUCGCCCAACUGCCCGCUGCUGCGGCGUCGCACCACCAACAAUGUGCCGUUGAGCGGGGAGGAUCUGGAUCGCGUCCUGCCACCAAUCAGCUACGAUAUCUGCGGUGCCAACGACUCGUCGUCGGCGGUGGAGCUGAGGGAGCAUGCCUAUGCCGAGGGACGGAUACCCAGGUCGCAAAUAAUUCAGUCGAUUGGCGUGAACCCAAUGGUACCUUCGAUGCCGUCGAUGCUUCGUGCCGACGCCACUAUCACGUCAAUGGCAUCGGCGGCCACACAGGCCAAUGGCGAUGUCCAGCCGGAGACGUGUCGCGCCCCAGCCGCCAGCGGCAACUACUUCCCCGAGUACCCAGAAUUUGCCGUAGAAUCGGCUCGCCUGCGCACCUUCGAGGCGUGGCCAAGGAACCUGAAACAGAAGCCCCACCAACUGGCCGAGGCGGGUUUUUUUUAUACGGGCGUUGGGGAUCGCGUCCGCUGCUUCAGCUGCGGCGGUGGUCUCAAAGAUUGGGACGACAACGACGAGCCCUGGGAGGAGCACGCCCGUUGGUUGAGCCAAUGCCGGUUCGUAAAGCUGAUGAAGGGACAAGUGUAUAUCGAUACUAUGAGCGUAAAGCCCAUACCGGUCGAGGAGAAGGAGGCGGAUGUAGGACCAACGGCCGAGGAGGUUGUCACCGCCGCCAGCAGCACAAGCACGAUAUCAGCCGAAGAAGAGAUGUCAUCGUCCGCGGCAUCCAGCUCAGGGGAUGUGGCCCCAUCAGCGCCGGCGGCGGCGGCAACGGCGGCAAAUACAGCUGCCACCCGCAUCUUCGAGAAGAUCGUCGAGUCGACCGCUGCAUCAUCCGUGCCAGCUGCAAGCAAUGGCUCCACCAUACCCGAGGAGAAGCUCUGCAAGAUCUGUUACGGCGCCGAGUACAACACGGCAUUCCUGCCCUGCGGUCACGUUGUGGCCUGCGCCAAGUGCGCCUCCUCUGUCACCAAGUGUCCACUGUGCCGGAAACCCUUCACCGACGUGAUGCGUGUAUAUUUUUCUUAAGAACUAAUGUUAACAUGACGAUGAAUGGUAUCUCAAAUGUUAAUCAAAAUAACAAGAAAUCGGGGUUCAACCGGCGAUC